AUGCUUUAUCCCUUCUCCCCAACUAUUCAAGAGGCUGGUGCUCCAUUCAUCGGUAACAAUUCCAGUGUAACGAUGGAUGAUAAUACGCGUUCGAACCCCGUCAAUAUAACACAGUCCGAGUCUGGAGACUCCCUCAAUCCUUCUCUAUCUCUGCAAAGCCAGGAUAGUCAUGGGCCUUCCUUGGACAUUUCAGCUACAGAACUCGAAAUUGAUAACCCCUCAGGUGGGAGCAGAAGGAACGUAAAGGCAAAAGCAACACCCUCAGCUUCACUCAUGGACAAGCGGAAGGCGCAAAACCAAGCUGCUCAGCGCGCUUUUCGCGAACGCAAGGAGUGCCACAUCAGGGACCUGAACGACCGAUUCGCCCAGCUUCAGCAAAACGUAUCAACGCUUCAUGAAGAAAAUGAUGAAAAGCGGCAGGAAAUCACCACAGCCUUAGCGGAGAACAAUAUGCUCAAGGAACUGGAGUCGACGUCGGCCGCCGUCCAAGAUGAUUUUAUGUCUGUUUUCCCUUACACAAGUUUCGCAGACUUGGUCGCGCCAGGUGACCAUGACAAGCAACCCAAACACCGCCUCGUAACUGAUCCUCGUACUGGCGAGCGACUUAUGGGAUUACAUACUACUUGGGAAUUUAUUCAACAAGAUCCACGGUUUCAAGAAGGUGUACUGGACCUCGAAAAAAUAUGCAACUACUUGCGCGAGCAGGUGCAGUGUGACGGUCAAGGCCCGGUCUUUGUGGAAAGGUGUGUUCUUGAUGCACUCGACGCCAGUAUAAUAGGAAUGUGA